AUGAAUGAACUCAGGAAGAUCAACGAGCUAAAGUUUUAUCUGUCGAAAGAUGAUGGUAAGUCACUUGACUUCCACGAACUUAUAAAGUUCUUACUCGAAUGCAAACCUUCUAAAGAAAAGCUAUCUCUUGGGAGGUUUAUAAUUGAUUACUUCGUCAGGCGUUUCCACGACAUAAGUUUGACAGAACUAACUUCUCUGGUCCUUAAUGAUAUUUACAUGUUAUUCACUUUAGCAGGAUUUGAGGAUACCAGAAUAGAAGGUCUGGUCGCUGAGCAGCUUCAAAUAGUUUGCUUGUUCGGUGUGAUUGAAUACAUCAUGUCAAACAAUUUGACUUUUAACUCUUCAUCCAUCUGCUCCUCAAUCAGUCAUUUCAUCAUUGACCGGCUUAAAAAAUAUUCCACCAGUGUUUUAUUGCAAAGCAUCUCUCUAGCUAAGGUGUGGUGUUCAUUUAUAUUUCUGAAUAUUCUAACCAAGGGUUUCGAUCAUUCUUCUACUAAAUGCGCAAAGGUAAUUUGUAGAUCCGUUUAUCUACACGCUGGAUCAUCUAAUGGGAUUGUAGAAAAGUCAGUUCAGGAGUUUUUCCUACAUAUUCUUGGCAUAAUUUUGACAUUAAACAAGAAAGAUUCCGAAUUUUUAUCGGCUUCUAAAGCAUUUGUAAACGAUAUUAUCCCAUGUCAUUCUUUGAAUGUAACGAGGCACUUCAAGUUACCUAAAAAUUCAAUUUAUUGCUUACUUUCCGUUGUAAGGUGCUUAGGACUUGUUGAGGUUUUUAAUUACGAUUCAUUUCUUAUGUGGAGUCUUUUAUUGGGUAUUGGAUACAAUUGCACAUCUAAUGCGGCUUGUGAUAUUAUAAAGUCUAUUUUCGAACAAAGUGUAACCAUCAAGCGAAAUUCUCCACAAGUAUAUGAUCUUAACCUACUUAAACCUGUAAUUCAAUUGAUGUUAACUGGAACGGUAGAUUGUCCCAUGUCAAAGAUAUCCUGUAGUUGUAAUUUUCUUUCUACUACCAAAUCUUUUCAGAAUACAAGCUGGGAUAACUUUAUUCAUAGUUGUUUGAAUAGUCAAUUCACAUUGCUACCUAGUUCAGAUGUAUUGGAAAAUGUUUUGAUUGUAUCCGAUUUGGAAGCUUCACAGUUACCUAAAAAUGAUCUUUUAAUUGAUCAACUGCUUGAACAUCUUUCUUUGACUUUUCUCAACUCAAAAGAUGAUCAAUAUUCUGAUAUGAGUGAACGAAAAUUGCUUGUUUGGUUACGAUUAUAUAAUCUGAAAGAUUAUUACGAUCUACCAUUGUCAGUGAAACAGCUGGUACCUACUAUUUUAACACACAGCGCUUCACAUCAUAAUGAUUGUGUACGUAUAUUAGCAUUGAAUGGAAUUCAUAAGUUUUUAUGCAAAUAUUUACAUGCGAAAAGUAAAGCAAAUAAUAAUAAUAAUAAUAAUGGUGAAGAAUCGACGAAUUUUAUACUGUCCAACAUUUCUACUACCCGAAUUUUUAUGGAUAUAUUUUUAAAUUGUUGUAAUACAUUUAACAAUUGUUCAAAUCCAUCUUAUCGUAAUCAGUUUCAAAAAAUUUUCUCCAGUUUAACAGAAUGUAUACGAAUUAUAUGUAAAUCUAUUCGUUUCAAUAAUAGCAUAGAAAUAUCGAAUAAAGAUAAUCUUAGUAAUAGUAAUAAUCAACGUAUUAUUUGUUUAUCAGAUACUGAGAUGUGUUUGCAAGAGUUUGAUAAUUUGUUUGAUUUGAACAGGAUAAAAGAUGAGAAUGUUUUAAAUAUGCAGGAAAAUGAUGUAUUAUAUUUAGUUAAACUAAUACGUUUUAUCAGUUCAAUGUGUCGCAUCACUACUAUUCAUACUCGAACAGGCAGUCAAAAUACUAUUGACAUAAAAGUAACUACAAGUAUACACACUUACUUUUGGCCAGGGAUGAGUUAUCAACGCGCGAAACUUUUGUUGGAUAUUGUUGAAAUUGCAUUAGGUGUUCUCAAUUUAACACCGAAUGGUCCAUGGAAUAAAAAAUCCAGUAAAUGGAGAUCAGAAUUUGGUAAAGACUCAUUAUGCAAUUUAAGAACAUUAAUCGAUAACAUUUCUGCACGAUUUAAUUGGGACUACAAAUCGACUAAUUUAUUACGAAAUUUAUUGAAUGGACUUCUUUAUGUAAGCUCAGAUCUGCAGUCACAAAUUUUAUCGAUUAUUUAUGAUCAUUGGAUUGAAAAUAAAGAUGCAUUGAAGGAAGCGAUUUAUCCCACUAUGAUUGGUUUUGCAUGUGCAUGGUGCGAUACUCCAUGGUGUUCAGUUUAUACAUCUGGAGCGAAUAUUUUAACAUUCUGUUCCAUCAAUGAAAUAUGGGACUCUGCCUACUUUGGUGCAUAUAUGAGUACGUGGUUUUUAAAUAAAUUAAAAAGAUUUUCUGAAUUAACGUGGAUAACCAAUAACAGUCUUGGUAAUGUUGAUUUAACCAUGUUUAGUAGUAAAUUACUUCAAGUUGUUCAGUUUCAAUCUGGUCUAGGAUUUCUCUUGACUAUUGAUCAAAUUUUAACUACCUGUCUAAGUAAACUAAUGAAAAAUUCAAAGAAUAUUAAAUGGAAUCAAUUCAUUGAUCCAAUGCUUUAUGAAUUCAUUUGUUGUAAAGAAUUACCUAGUCUGUGUUUGGAAUUAUGCAAUUUAUGCCUUUUUUCAAUGGGUUGUCAAAUUUGUCAAUUUAAUCAAGAAGACAAUAGUUUUAUAAUGGAUUUUUCAAAAGGUGCCUGUUCAUUUCGAGAAUUGGGUAAAGCGAUUUUAAAGACCGUUAUGUUGGCUAGACGAAAUCAAUCAUUAUCAGUUGGUAAUGAAAAAGUCGGUCAAUCAACACAGUGUCAUCUCAUUCAAACCUCACAUACACAUACUACAAAUAAUUCAACAAUUGUAAAUAAUGUAGAUAAUUCUGAUAUUGAUUCAUUAAAUUCUAUUGAAUUAUUACCGGAAUAUCAACAUAUUCUUUCUUGGUCAUGGAAUACCUUGAAGUUCUGUUCCAGCAUUAUUGCCAAUUGGUUUGCAAUUCAGUGUAAACUACCUGAAGAGAAUGUAAUGACAGAUGUGGAACGAAAAUUGCUUGCCUCCAAAAUUGGCUAUCAGUUAUUGCAUCAAUUGUUACAAUGUCGUCACAAGGGAACUAUGGAAGCACUAUAUUUCAAUCUUCUCCUUUAUUUACAAACUGUUGAAAACUAUCAACUUUCAUCUUGUUCUUCAUUGAAAACAUGUAAAGAGGAUGCUUUAAAGUCAUCAGCUUUCAAAAUAAAUUGUAGAAAUCCGACUACUGAUAUUAAAUAUUUAUCGACCUGUAAUAGAGGUAUUUCUGCUGAUCAUAUGUUACAAAUAUGUUGGAACGUUCUUUGUAACAGUGCUUACUCUGUUACUAGACGUGGUGCCGGGGUUAUACCAGUUAUACGUGCUUGUCUUCUGGUUAAAUCUUGUAACGGACUUGAAAAUCCUCCAUGUUCACUUGUUUGUUGUUUAAAAAGUUUAUUUGAAAUUACACAAUCAGAUGAUAAUGAUGCUUAUAAUAAUGUGAAUAAUAAUACUACUCAUAUUAUAUUCGAUUCACCAACACUUCAUGAUUCACCACAAGUAUUUGCUUUACAUUUACUGCACGGACUAUUUUCUGAUGCUCGAUUACGUGUACAUGAACAUUCUAUUCCGAUAGAAAAUAAUAAUAGUCUAUCACAUGUUAAAAAUUGGACAAUUGAAGCUCUUCAAUUAGCUGUUAUUCCUGGUUUUAAUUCGAAAAAAUGGAAUGUUUGGAAUGGUGCUCUUCAACUUCAUAGUGCAUUGAUCUAUCGUCUCACUGGUGCAAGUCUUGACUUAGAAUUUCCAUUAAUUUCGGAUAUCUGCUUUCAAUAUCCUCAAAUGUUGGAUAUUAUAUUUAAUUGUCUGAAUAGUAAUUAUGAAAAUUUAUCGUCUACUCAAAGUUUAAUUCCAAUACUUACUCUAAUUGUUAGAUUUUCUCCAUCAUUUGAUCAUUCGUUGAUAGUGUCAUCUAAAAUUGAUAAAAUCCUCAAUCGACUAGAAUAUAUUCUUUUUAAUCAUUGUAGUAUGCAUAUUCGUAAACUUGCUUCAAAAGCUUAUCAUGUAUUUCUAUGCCCACCGAUUGAUAUAUACUAUCAAUUUGAAUCAAUUAUAUGUUCACAAGAUAAACAAUCUUCACUUUGUAACAUAUCAAGCAUUGGACCAUUAAACUUAAUUUAUCAUUCGUGUUCACUACAUAACUCUAAUAAGAAAAUUUUAUAUAAUUCUAUAACAAAUGCGGUACAUGGUUAUUUAUGUUUAUUACAAUCAUGGUAUGAAAGUAAAACUUGUGAAAUUAUUCAACAUUGGAGAGAAUCAUUAUUCAACAUAAAAUCGGCAUUGAAUUAUCUUCUUCACUGGAUAUCUAUUUCCGCUUGGUAUCUUGCUUAUGAAUUAUGUAUUCUGAUGAAUUCUGUUUAUAAAAGUCCUACAACGAUUCACUGCGAAGAGAAUUAUCGAACGGAACUAUGGACAGCACUACUCGCUUUACGAAAACCAAUAUUUUCUUUGUCUAAUGAGCCAUUUCAUAUUGAAUUUUUAAAUGAAUUUCGUCAUAUUUGUAUAAAAUUUUUCAAUAAAAAUUUAUUCAACCAUAUGACCAUUCAUUAUGCGGAAACUGAACCAAUUCUACUUUUACGUUUCCUUAAUCUAUUAAAAAUAAAUUCUGAUUUAUCUGAUGAGCUUACUUUGAAAUUAAUUGACUAUUGGAUAAAUUGGCGAUCGUUAACAUAUGGUGUUGAUCAUCACGAUCGUGAUCAUCAUCCUGGUCAUCAGUGUAUGAAUAAUCACUUGGAAUAUAUCUAUCCACAUGUUAUGUGGUGUUUUCUAGAAUUUUUCAACUGGUCAUGUAAUGCUACUUGUUUUAUGCAAAGAAUUCAAAAGGAAUUCAAUGUAGAAAUUUUAUUAUCACGAGUAUUGAAUCUAUGCUUAAUAAAUGGGAAUAUUUCUGGUAUUCAUUUUUGUAUUCAUCGUUCAAGAUUAUUAUAUUUUAUGACGUCUUUACUCAAUUGUCUAUCACCAUCAACAUCACUGAAUUAUUCUUUUUAUAUGGAUCAAUGGCUUACUUUACUAAGUGAUAGCUUACAAUAUCAGCAUUCAACUGAAUCGCGAAUUUUAGCUUCAAAAUCUUUACAAUUAUGGACGUUGGAAUUUCCUCCAGACAAUCCUACAAAAUCAUCGUCAAUAUCAAAUCAGAUUGAUUUAUUGAAAUCAGUUUUAAAUAUAUCACAACGUAAAAGAUUGUUGGAUUGUAUAUUUCAUGGCUUAUUUGAUGAAUCACCUGAAGUUCGUUCAAUCCUGAGUACUGUUAUCAAUUUUUGGUUAAAAUCAUCCAUAUAUCAAACUAAUUCUUUACCUUGUAAUCAUCCAAAUACUCAUUUAAUCACUUUACAUAAACUAUUGAAACAAAUUGUUCCAUUGUUAUUGUUAAAUGAAAGUAAUAAUAAAGACAAUAAUAUCAAUAGUAAUAAUAUUCAUAAUAAAAUUCACUCAAGUAAUAAUCUGACAUUUAAUGAAUCUACACAUUGGUUAUGCAAUAAUUGGUUAACUAUUAUGAAAUCAAUGAAUUAUUUAAUGAUUAAUGAAUAUGAAUCAAGUCAACGGAAUAUAUUGUAUGAUAGAGAAGCGUAUAAUACAUUCUGCGAACCACGUUUACAAAUUGACCUAUUAUUUACGUAUCUUCGUAUGGAAAGGAAUAUGUCUAAAGAGAAUCUCCUCCAUAUCACAUCAUCAUUGAUUGACCAAGCAGAUGAUCAUUUACUGUCUGUAUGCAAUGUAAAAGGUUUACAGAUUAAAAAAAUUUUAGCUAUCGAAAGUUGGUGUGGUCCAAUUGUUCCGUUUGCAGUGUUUACAAGAGAUUACAGUUGUCAAUUGAUAAAUUCAUUGAAAGAAUGA